UUUUUUGGUUACUCUUGGGCUCUUAAUUGUUAGGCUUUAAGAGUAUGUUCAAUCUAGUGUUCUUAAUAAAUACCAUAGCACUUUCAGUUUUUCUGCUACUCUUGGGUUUUUGAGUUUUAUGUUUUGAGAAUAUGUCAAUCUAGUUAUGUUAUAAACACCAUAGUUCUUUCAGUUUUUGGGUUGCUCUUGGGUUUUUGAGUUUGUUCUUUUAGAAGUUGAGUCUUAAUUGUUUGUCUUUGAUGGUGGAGAAGAGGCGUCUUAACGGGAAGGGCGGUGAUGACUUUGAAAGGUCCAAGCGCAGACAAGCACUUCAGGCUUGUGCUUUCAAAAAUAUCAUCACUGAGCUGCUGAAUGGAAACUUCUUGGAACCUUUUCUUAGGAAUCUGGUGCGAGAGGAGGUGCAACAAGCCUUUCUACCAGUACUUCAACCGUCUCUAAGAACCUCAUUUCAUCAGGCUGGAACAUCUGGAGUGAGGAGUCUGCAGUUGCGCUUUGUCAAUAAAUUGUCAUCAAAAAUAUUUACAAACAAUACUAUAAGAGCUGAAGAUGGUACACCCAUUGAAAUUAAACUGUUUGAUACUAGCUCCAGGACUACAGUCAAAUCUGGUCAGCUUUCUUCAAUAAAGAUUCGUAUUGUUGUACUCAAUGGUGAUUUCCCUUUCGAUGAAGAAGAGGACUGGUCUGAGCAGGAAUUCAAUGCCAAAGUUUUACAGGAAAGAGAGGGUAAAAGGCCAUUGUUAUGUGGGGAUGCGACCGUGACCUUAAAGGAAGGUGUUGGUUCCAUUGGUGACAUAUAUUUUACAGACAAUUCAAGCUGGAUGAGAAGUAGGAAGUUUAGAUUAGGAGCAAUUGUGCAAAAGCCUCAUGCUGAAGUAGGAAUUAGGGAAGGUCGAAGUGAACCUUUCAUGGUGAAAGAUCACCGUGGAGAAACAAAUCAGAAACACUUCCCUCCAUCUUUGAGUGAUGAGAUAUGGCGGUUGAAGACAGUAGGAAAAGAUGGUGCAUUCCAUCAGCGAUUGGCAUCUCACAAAAUUACAACUGUUGGGGACUUACUGCGGAAAUAUGUAAUCAAUCGAACCGAAUUACGCAAAAUGUUUGGUAGGAUCUCAGAUGGGACAUGGGAUGCAAUCAUAGAACAUGCUAUGACCUGUAAUAAAGAUGAUGGAAUGAAGUAUAUUUACCAGAUAGCUGGAGAAAGUGUUUGUCUGUUAUUCAAUUCCAUCUACCAGGUUGUAGCAGCAACAUUCGAUGGACAAGAAUAUUGUCCUCUGGAUUCACUCAACUAUUAUCAGAAGCAAUUGGUGGAAACUCUGAAGCAGCAUGCUUAUGAAAAUGAGAAUGAUAUCGUUCCCUUCAAUGUAGCACCAAUAGCUAGGUUUCCAAUGGUCUCAGCAGGUCUGCAAGUUGAGCCAUUUAGUGUUCCAGAACAAGGUUCACAACAAUUUGACUUCCCAGUCACACAUCAAGAAACAUUGCUGGGUUUCAACCAUUCAGAAAACCACCCAGCAGAAAGUAGCUAUCAAUUAGAAGAUUCUAUAGUACAGAAUAGUCAUGCAAUGCUGAGGAACAGCUCAGCGAUGGAGGAAUAUUUACCCGGACUCAGCAAUGCAGGAUAUGGUUGGCCACCAAGUGUUUCGGAGGUGCAAGAUUUUACAAGUGGUCUUCUAGCAGGAAAUGGCAUAGCUCCAAUUAUAACAUGGGGGCCGGAAAAUGGUUUUUUCCUUGCUCCAGGCAAUGAAGCAGAUGUUGGAAAUUCUCUUUUUCCCAAUUCAGGUGUACGUAUUCUAAGCACUAGAAAGCCAAAGGCAUCUUGGUGUAAGAUUCGGGCUGCUGUCAAGUGGGGGUCAGUUAGGAGGGGAGUGGCAGCUAGAAGAAUGCAAGCCUACUGUAUUAGCACUAGUUUAGGUGGUUACUAGGCUCAAAUUGUUAAGCAGGUUUCUCAUUAGGAAUUCUUUCCUCUAAAAAAAAAGAGGCAAGCUUUUCCUAUAUUUCUUAAGCUUAGUUUGUAAAGUCCCUCUUUUCUAGCACUAUCGUCGUUCCCUUCCAUAUCAAGUGUAAUGUAGGGUUCAAGUACUAGUGUGCUGCAUUUUCCUUUUCUGUGCAAUUGUGUACAUGGUAAUAAGUGAUCUUUGUAAAAAUGGUUUUCCUGUCCAAAAAGUAAAUGUUACAAGAAGCAAUUUUUAGGA